AUUAAAAUCUCAUUGUUUCGUUAUUUUACAAAAUGUUUUUAUCAUAAUGAACGGUUAUUUAAUAAUUUUAUCGGCUUUGGUAAAUUUUUCGCUAGGGCGGGAUUUCUACGUGGGAAUGUUCAAGAGAAAUGAUUUUUUGGUCGCCCAAGACCGUCUGUACAAGGAAAGACGACCGUUUAGGUAUACUGUUGCCAAAUACGGAAGAUUGUUUUCGUGUCCAAUAACGUUCUUCCGAGUAGUUGACCGGCUCGGAGUAGGUAAUGGUCCACGAGUCCAGAUCAUAAGAGGUGGUCUCGGUAAAAAAUACUUGACACUACAAAUAACAUCUUCAUACAACUAUCCAAUAUCAGUGAACAUAUACGUAGGUUGUAGUCCAGAAAGAAUAACUACAGUGAAACGGCCUUUAUCUUCUUCAGAAGAAUUGCCGGUUAGAGAAGAUAAUGCAAGUGAGGAAAAAGAAGUUAAGAGUACGACAAGAAAGAACGACACGGCAACUACUGUUGGUAAUGGAGAGCCAAAGACUUCAGUGAUCACUGGAGAGACAAGUCCAGCCGGUGAUGCAGUAACUACUGCAGCAGCAUAAGAUGACAACAAUGUCAUCUACACUAUUAUAAUAAUAAAAAAACGC